AUGUCGGCCGCCAGCAAGAAGGAACUCCGAACUACAGGAGCGCCCGCUCCUCUGCCCUUCUACUCCCAAGGCGUUGUCCUCGGUAACAUGGUGUACGUGUCUGGAUCUCUGGGCAUUGAUUCGGAUACUGGAAAGUUCGUCGAGGGAACUGUUGCCGAUCGUACAACGCGAAUCCUGGAAAACAUCAAUAACAUCCUUGCCGAGGCAGGCACUAGCCUCGAAAACGCCGUCAAGCUCAAUGUCUUCCUUACAGACAUGAGCAACUUCGAUGUCAUGAACGGCGCCUAUGCCAAGUUCUUUGACAAGGGUGUUCGACCUAUCCGCACAUGUGUCGCUGUCAAGGAACUCCCCUUUGGAGCUGACGUUGAGAUUGAGGCCUCCGCACACCUAUGA